AUGCCAUUCGGCCUUUGUAACGCGCCAUCAACCUUCCAAGCUAUCAUGAACUCGAUCUUCAGGCCACACUUGCGAAAAUUCAUUCUAGUCUUCUUCGAUGACAUCCUAAUCUAUAGUUCAUCGUGGGAGCUACAUCUGCAACAUGUACAAAUCACCUUGGAGACCUUGCGGCAACAUCAGUUCUAUGUGAAGAUGAGCAAAUGUGAUUUUGGCAAACAAGAACUUGAAUACUUCGAUCAUAUUAUCACUCACCGAGGAGUCAAGGUUGAUGACAUGAAAAUUGCAGCCAUGGUGGAUUGGCCAAAGCCCGCCAAUAUUACAGAAUUGAGGCGAUUUCUCGUAUUAACGGGUUAUUAUAGAAAGUUUGUACAAAACUAUGGAAUCACUGCUCAACCCCUCACAAAUCUUCUCAAAAAGGGUAAUUUUCACUGGAGUGAGGAAGCAGAAUCAGCUCUUUUGAGCCUGAAGCACGCCAUGAGUAAAUACCAACUCUAG